AUUCCAAACGUCAAACGAUAAUAAUCAGGAUUGUUUACAAUUUACUGAUUAUCCAGAGUUAUUAUUCACAACGUAUCUAAAACACAGAAAUAAACCGUCUGAACAAAAAAAAAAUGGAGACCGUUUUUGUGAGAGAGAGUUUGAUAGAUUACAAUCAAUGGACAAGUGAUAAUAACCAAUUUCAAAAGAUGAAAAUUGGUGAAAUAUUUCAAUUAAUGGACAGUAGCAUUUCGCUGUGUUGCCUGAAUUGCUCGCAAGAGUUUCAAUAUUUCACUGAAUUCACAUUGCAUAUUCAGGAGCAUUUUAUGCGUGGAGAAAUCGCAAAAUUAAAAGAAGUCAAAGAAGAAGUUCCAAGUGAAAGCCAAAAUGAAGCAGUGGUCGAUGAUUCGGUGCCGCAAAACGAAGGGAUAAUAGUUAAAUGUGAGGUUAUUCGAAAUGAUGCGGAUGAUGAUGAUUUUUUCAACGAUGAUUCUGAGAUGAGAUGGUCGGACGAUGACGUGAAUAGUGUGUUGAUGGAUCAACGGGAUGCGGGACUACCGACCGAAAAUCUCCCAAAAAAUGUAUUAAUCGUCGAAGGAACUGAUUACGAAAAAUUAAAUGACAAAUUCAAGUGUUUGACCUGUGAUCAUGAAGCAACAAAAUGGAAUCAAUUCGAGGAGCACGUAUUGAAUCAUUCAAAUCCAAAAGAUGUGAUGUGCCCAAUUUGCUCUAAGAUUUUUGCAUCAUAUGCGUACACGCAAAAACAUUGCAACCGAACGCACAGUCAGAAAAUCUCCUUGGAAAAAAUAAAGGAAGCUCAAGCGAUGCGAUAUAAGAAAGAAGCAAGUGUGGUUGUUCCAACAGCUCCCCCACCACCGCCAAAGCAGAAGAUAAAUCCAAAGCCAGAGAAAAGGAUGUUCGAUGGAACGGACUACAAAAAAGUAGAUGAUAAGUUUCAAUGCUUGACAUGUAAUCGAAAGAUGGCCAAAUUGGAUCAUAUGAAAGAGCAUCUUUUGACACAUACUAGCGAAAAAAAUGUGUUGUGUCCAUUCUGCGCGCGUGCAUUCAUCACGGAGGCAUACGUUCGCAAACAUGUCAAUAGAAGUCACAACAAUAUACGAAUUACAGCCGAAGAGAUUAGAGCGGCUCAGUCUACGAUCGAUGUAUCGCUGAAGAAGAAAGAAUGGGAAAUGCAGCAGAAACGUACACAAAUGAUCAAGGCAGCGACCAGUUCAAUGACGGCAACGGCAGCAGCUGAAGAGGGAACAGUUCGGUGUUUAUUCUGUGAGAAACGUUUCACAAAAGCUCGUUAUGCCCAGAAACAUAUGCGAUUGAUCCAUGGUAAGCCGAUAGCAAUCGGUGAUGUUGUGAGCUGUCAACCCAUUAUCAAUGGAAGUGAUGGAACCAAAUUUUCAGCUGAAAAAGAUGACGGAGGUGGAAUCAGUAAAGAAGUUGCAUGCGUCGGAGAAGAGCCGGAGAAAAAAUUUGAAUGCUUCGAAUGUCACAAGCAAUUUGUGAGCUUGAAUUCAGUUCGAAUUCACAUGAAAUUGCACAGUGGAAUAAAGUACAUUUGUCCGUAUUGCGGCAAAGUAUUCGCCAUGAAGUCAUACGUGAGAGAUCACAUUGUGAUAAUGCACGGAAUGAGGCGGGAGGACAUACCGAAGGAAAGUGUUCGGCAAGUUUCGGAAGAUUUUAUUUACACGCCACGGCCCAAUGUUGCCCUGUAUGAGUGUUAUUUGUGCCGGAACCAGUAUCGAAAACGAAACCGAUUACGAGAACACAUGAACACACAUAUGAAUGGACCAUUCUUGUGUGUGAUCUGUGGAGCGGUUUACAAAUCAACGGACACGCUUAGGCAUCACAUGGAAAGACACAAAGCCAAUCCCGAUGAGCCUCAUCAGUGUACUGACUGUGGAAAAAUGUAUCCGACACGUCGGUACAUGUUGUCCCACUAUCGCACAAUUCAUCUGAACAAGCGACGAAAGAAAUCGACGGUUCCCGUCGAGAGGAAGUACGACAUUACUUGUGAAAUAUGCGAAAAGAAAUUUAUGAGUCAGCAUAAUCUCAAUCAACACCAAUCUGUACACAAUCGGGACCCAAAGGAACUGAUUUGUCAUGUCUGCGGAUGGGAGUUUAAGGAGCGUUCAAAUCUGAAGCAACACCUCGAAUCUCAUGGCAAUAAUAAAACGACUUGUGAAAUAUGCAAUAAGGUACUCUCGCAUCGAUACUUACAAGAACACAUGAAAAUUCAUGGCAACAAAGAGUUCCAGUGUUCAAAUUGUGGGAUGCAGUUUGUUUCUCAAGAAAGACUGAAACGUCAUAUGGUUCGGCAUUCGGGUGAGCCCAAAUACAAAUGCGAUUUAUGCCCAAAGGCCUACACCAGAUCCGAUAAGCUACUGUAUCACCGACGCACUCACGAUCAGCAAAUGACACACGAAUGCCGAACGUGCGGCAAGGGAUUCUUCUCAAUCAAAUCACUGCGAAAACACGAAAACAAACAUUAUUUAGAAGACAAUGGCCUUUUGAAGUCGAACAAUUUGAACAUAUAAUUUCCCCUAAAAAUGGAAUAAAUUUAAUGGUUUGUAUACGUGAGAAAUUCAUUAUAACUUUAUGUCAUUUGGAAUGAAGAUUAAACGGCUAAUAACAGCAUCACUGGACAACGACGAUGUUGAUUCUAAUCUCGAUUUAAAAAAAACCUAGUUAAUAUGCGAUGAAAAACUAAUUGAAACCGAAUAAAAAUUGUAAAUCGUAUGAAUACAAGUAAUUCAAUCAUGAAUUGACCGAUCAACAUCACAAAA